AUGAGGUAUAUAAUAUUGCAUUAAAUUUAAUUUCAAUAAACGGAUUUCAGUGAUUCACCAUCGUCGACUCCACCACAUUCAUUUGAUCGAAGUAAGUUUUGAUAAUAUUUUUCUUUUUGAUUUAUUCAUAAUUUCUUCUAUCUUCAAAAGUUUUUUUUCCAGAUAAAAGGGCUCCUGUGGGUCGUUUCGGAUCGCAGAACGUCGUGAACGGUCUUGGUACUAGGCCACCUGGCGGCGGCGUCUUCAAGUCCAACGGCGCCACUAACGGAAUCAGAAAGUCGAGCGGCUUCGGAGGUCCUGGCUAUGGCAACCCAGAUGACGACAGAGCCACCAAAAUCACCCUUAACGGAAGCCCUAACAUACAUGGAGAGUUUGGCCUAAAGAAUUCAAGCGGCGGAGCCCUCGGAGAAGAACGAAAGAGGGCAGGCUCUGAAGAACGAAAACAUGCAGGAGCCUGCUUUGUUGGACAGAAAAUAGGAGGGGGCUCCGAUCAACGAAACGCUUUUGGAGACGACUACGGACAGUCAAACGCUCGUGCUGGCUUCGCUAGCUUCAUUGGUCACAAAGAACCAUCACUCGCCAUUUCUGGCGGUUUCGAAACCCCAUUUCGUGGAUUCGGCAUGCUCCCUUCUUCGAAAUCAGGCGGCGGUGGCUUCGGAGUCGGAGUUUUCGGCAACCAAUCCAAAAUGAACAAUUGCGACCACCCCAACAACAGCAUCGCCGGAAAGAUUCAAUCGCCUGGAGGUUAUUUUAACGGAGCAAAACCAUAUGGUCUUCAUGGAGAAUUUCCUGACCGCACAAGAUUGGACGAUGUUAAUGGAGGUUUUAUUCUCUCAGAAACACUUCUAAAUUCAUAGAUUCAGGCGGCGGAUGUUUGUACAACCAACUUAAGUCAGACGAUCGCGGACACCCCAGCAACAGCAUCGCCGGAAAGAUUCAAUCGCCUGGAGGUUAUUUUAACGGAGCAAAUUCAUAUGGUGUCUACGGCGGUUUUUCUGACCGCACAAGGUUGGACGAUGUUAAUGGAGGUUUUAUUUUCUCAGAAACACUUCUAAAUUCAUAAAUUCAGGCGUUUCUGAAUUAAGUUCAUGCUACUAUUCUACGGACAUAAGCCAUUACUCCCGUCAGUGUCCCGAGCCGAGAAUACUCUCCGGAGGUUGUUUAUUUGACUAUGCAGCUCGUGAUCGAACUGUUUUUCAGCCUGUUAUGCCAGUCAAAAGCCUCGAAAUAGGUCACAGGAAAGCCCCCUAGGUCAGUGACGAUUAUUCUCUUAUAUUCAAAUAAGGAUUCAAUUUUCAAAAAACUGCUUAGAAAAUUAUUUUAACGCCAAAAUUCGAAGUUUUUAUUGGGAAAUAAGCUUCAAUUUUCAGCUCAAGAAAAUAGCGGCUCUGGUUUCGGAUAUCAAGGAGGCGGGGGCGGCUUUGGAAGCGGCCAUGCGUUCGAGGUUCACGGCGGAGAGGAGUCCGGAUACAGCAGAUGCUAUCGUUUGAAAAGACAUCCAUAUUUGCAUAAAUGGAAGAAUUUUCAGACGACGGAGGUGUAAAUGGAAUUCCCCCGCAGGACAGUUUUAACUGCCGUCGUGCCAGUCAUUUUUUCAUCGAAAGCACGGAGCCGUCGAGUACGUCUUUCCAUAAUCUAAAUGAACAUUGUUCGGCUCUAAAAAUUCCAAAAAACACACUUUUUCAUAUCAAAACUUGACGCGUUUUCAUAAUUAAGUCAUUCAACUUCUCAGGAUUUUUUUUGUGAAUCGAAUGUAAAAAAAAAGAAUCAUUUCACAUUGGGUAGACACAAUUCAAUCGAAGGUGGUAUGAAAAAAAAGCCAGCGAAUUUUCGAACGGCGACUUUUCCGAUUUUUUCGGAUCGCUAGGAAGCUUUCCGACGGAUCCCUUUCUGACUUUUUUCGCUUUUUUUUAGUUUAUAAAAAAAAUUUUAACAUUUUUUUUCUAUAUAGUUGUGUUUUAAACAUGAAUAACUUGCCUACAUUAUAUAGGAAGAUUUAAAACGAAGAGUUUAUCGAGAAAAAAAAAGACGAAAAAGUUUCGUCGAAAAGUUCCCUAGCGACAUGAAAAAAAUCGGAAAAAGUCGUCGAUCGAAUUUUCCUUGCUCUUUUUCAUACCAUCUAAUCGAACCCAAAAAUUUAAAAAAAUCAAAAAAAUAAGAUUUUUUUUAUCUUGCGUUCAGGAUCCGAGUAUAAAAAGUUUUUUUCGAGCGGUUUCUUGCAACCAAAUAAUUUUCAGCUUUAAUUUCCACUGUGAAAAACUUCCAAUUGGCAAUCCGCCAUUUAGAACUUUCGAACUCUCAUCCAACAAGAAAGAGAAUUUUGGAUGAUUCAUUUCAGUUAGAUGUUUUAAUUGUCACGGGCAGGGACAUCGAGCCUCGGCGUGCCCUCUUCCGCCCAAGGAACAAGACCGUAGUUGGAACGGAGUUAUUACAGUCAUUUUUAUUCACUCUUCCAGAAAAAUGUCUCGCAUCAACAUUUAUACCGCAACAAGACACCCUGGACGCGUUGUAUAAGAUAAAAGUCGACCCGGGGGUCAUGUUUUAUAAAUUGUUUAAUGCCGAGGUCGUUGUGACUCCCCCAGUGGUCUACAAACCGGUCAGGUAAGAUUCGAGCUUGAAGUGAACUAUCCGAUUUCUAUAUUUUGCAGGUCCUUUGAUGAUGCCAACCUUCCACGGCAAGUCCUGCAGAACGUCAUCCACGCCGGCUACACGAGGACCACCCCUGUUCAAGAACAUGUCAUGCCACUCAUCGCUCUUCGUCCGUUAAGUUUGAUAUUUGCGGAAAUGAUUGCUGAUUUCAGAAAACGAUCUGAUUGCGUGUGCGCAGACUGGGUCUGGAAAAACCGGUGAGUAAUCGAGCAGUUUCUUAGGAAAAGAGUAGGAAUUUAAGUUUUCCAGAAUUCCUUCAGAAAACUUUUCUCUCAAGCAAACAUUUUCGAAGCAAAAACACGCCUGUUUAAGGUGGCCGGUCGUAUUACGUAUAAUAAAACGAAAUCUUGUGUACUUUUUUUGACGUAAUUUACCUUGUAACCUCGAGAAAUAGGUCCUUAACAAAUUGCAAAAAAGAAAGAAAAUUUAAAAAAUCUUCCUGGCUCCGAAACUGACUGCGCAAUAUUGACCGGCCGUCGUAGCUCUAUCUCAACAUGCGUGAAAAAUGAAGGGAAAAAUAUAGUUCUGAACGCGGCAUCUUCCUCGUACAAAGUGAUUUUCAGCGGCAUUUCUCGUGGCCAUUAUGAGUGAUCUCAUUCGAAGAAAUGAUCUCAACUCCCCGGUCGAAGGAGGAUGCUAUCCUCGGUAUGAAGUCAAAUUGUAUAUUUCAAUUAGAAAAUGUUGCUUUCAGGUGUUUUGUUCUCACCCCAACUCGUGAGCUCGCCGAUCAAAUUUUUAACGAAGGCCGCAGGUACGCCAGAAACACCGCCCUCUCAAUAAAGCCGGCAUACGGCGGGACGCAAGUUGAAAACUCAAAACACUCUUUGUACCAGGUUUUGUUCAAAUUAUCCAACAAAUAGCACAAAACUUCCUUCAGGGUGCCACUGUCAUCGUCGCAACUGUCGGACGACUAUUACAUUUUAUCAGCGACAACAUCGUCCAAGUAGACAAAGUUAGAAAUUCCCGAAAUUGCAAUUAACCGGCCCGACUCAGAUAAGGUACAUCGUCAUCGAUGAGGCGGACUGCAUGAUCGACGGGAUAGGGUUUGGAGAGGAAAUUCGCGCUUAUGGAUCUCCCUUCGAUGCCAUCAAAAAACAAUAGGCAGAUAAUCAUGAGCAGGUUUAAGAGUAGAACACGAUUCCCUUGGAACAACUUUCUUUCAGUUCUACGUUCUCUUGUGCACUCCAGAAAACAGCUAAAGAAUUCCUGAACACAAAUUUCACACUGAUUGCGAUUGACAAAAUUGGCGCGGCCAAUAAAUGCGUUCGUCAGGUAAAAAUGGACAAUUGAAAUUUAGAAAAAAAAAUUACCUCCACGUUCUUUUUUUUUCAAUAGAGCCUUAGCCUAGAAGGGUGUAGAAAAAGUCUGCGUCUAAGUUCUCGCUUGAGGCGCAAACUCGUAAUAACCUUUUCAUUGAUAUUCCUAGAAAAAACGAAUUUUCGGAGUUGAGUGCUGAAAAUACUCUUCAAGUUUCCAAGUUUUGAGACAUUUGAGAUUUCAAAAUCUUCAAAACAUUCCAAUCGAUAUACCUAAUAACAGGACUUCAUAUGUUGCACCCGCGGCGAGAAAAAAGAGGAACUCUUGCAACUGUUAGGCGUGGACCUCCAUAAUUACACGGCGAGUCGUGGUUUGUGGAACUUGUAGUCACUUUGCAAGAAAACCGAUUUCUCAGAGUGCGACGUUUAUAAGAAGAAAACAAUAGUCUUUGUCAACCAGAAAAAGCUAGUAGACACGCUGGGCGGCAUCCUUUCCCAGUGCGAAAUCCCAUCGGUUACAGUAAGGAAAUAUUUUCAUUUUGAUAAAUGUGAGCUUGAAUUCUAGAUUCACUCCGAUCGAUUCCAAGAGCAACGUGCAGACGCUAUGCUCCAGUUUCGCAGCGGUGCCAAGCCGGUAGAAACUCAUUCCAUCUUUUUCUAUCCUAAUUUUUUUUUCUUGUUUAGGUCCUGAUCGCCACGGCUGUCGCUGAGCGGGGCCUAGACAUUAAGGGGGUUGAUCAUGUGAUCAACUAUGAUCUCCCCCUGAGUGUCGACGACUACGUUCAUCGCAUAGGAAGGUUCAGAAGUUCUUCAGAAAUUCAAAACAGCAAUUUCCUGAAUGAAGGGUUUCGAAAACUUUCUAAAUCUCGAUUUCUUUGAUAAAUCGCCAUGAUUCGCAUCUUUCAGGACUGGACGCGUCGGCAACGCGGGACGAUCGACGUCUUUCGUGACGGACGAAGACCGCCCGAUCCUGCCCGCCUUGCGACAACUCCUCCUGGACGCCGAACAGGUCGGCUUCAUAGUUUAAAAGCCGACUUACAUUCAUCCGUUUACAGACCGUUCCUCAUUUCAUGCGUGAUAUACGUGACGACUACGUCAAUAUGAGGAAGACCAAAAAAGGCUGGUGA